AAUGCGUGGCGCCUGGGUUCAGAGCGGGCCGCCUGGCGGCGAUGGAAGCGUGGCGCUGUGUGAGGAGGGGCUGCAGCCGGUCAGUGCGGAAGGCGGCCUGGAGGCCGAGGCCGAGGCCGAGGCCGGGCCCCGGGGGUGGGGAAGGAGGUGGUAGUGCUCUAGGAUGACCCCCAGUGGGGGAGCGAUGUAGGGACCAGAGGAGCUCCCUGGAGCGGCUAGUGAGGCGCCCUGUCUGGAGACACCCCAUGCUGCCCCGUCACAUGCAGAGGCUGGGCAGAGAUUGGGUUGCCCACUGGGAUAGCCCUCAAAGAUUCUGCUGGAACAGUCGUAUCUCCAAUUCUGUAAGGUGGCCUGAUCACUAUUCUUGGGCUCCGUAUCUCAGCACUGCUGAUUUUACAGUGAAUUGGAGACCGCCUCACUUUUUUGGGCCUUGGAGACCGCCUCACUUUUUUGGGCCUUGGAGACCGCCUCACUUUUUUGGGCCUUGGAGACCGCCUCAGUACUGGAACUGGCAACCUGAUAACUUCACACACAACUCUUCUUUUCAUCUCUCAAAUCCUAAUAUGAAAUCCGAGGGAGAUGAACCUUCUUCAAAAAGGAGAAGACACAGUGGUCAGAAUGAUGUUUGCAGUCCUAAUGAAGAAAUUAGCAGCUCUAAUCAGAAUGAAGCAGUCUGUCUUUCUACUCCACCAAAAAAUGAAAAAGAAAAUACUGCAAACACAAGAGGCCUGAUCAAAAGAAAUUGGGAGUAUUUCUGUCACCAUAGUAAAACAAUGAAGAUUCUUGAAGAUAAGCAAAUUGACCAAAACAAUGCAGAAGACAAAGGAAAGUUUGAUUUUACUGUGAUGUCCUACAAUAUCCUUUCACAGAAUUUGUUAGAAGAUAACUCCCAUCUGUAUAAACACUGCAGACAGCCAGUGUUAAUGUGGGGUUAUAGAUUUCCCAACAUUCUACGGGAAAUCAAACAACUGGAUGCAGAUGUACUGUGUUUGCAAGAAGUACAAGAGGACCAUUUUGGAAUGGAAAUCAAGCCGAGUUUGGAAUAUUUGGGUUAUCAUUGUGAAUAUAAAAUGAGGACAGGAAGGAAACCUGAUGGCUGUGCUAUUUGCUUCAAAAUUUCCAAAUUUAAUCUCAUCUCUUCAAACCCAGUGGAAUUUUUCCGCCAUGAUAUUCCACUCUUGGACAGAGACAAUGUUGGACUAGUGUUGCUUCUGCAGCCCAGAUUUCACUGUAAAGCUACUGCUGCAGUCUGUAUAGCCAACACACAUCUGCUGUAUAAUCCAAGGCGAGGGGACAUUAAGCUGACCCAACUGGCAAUGUUACUGGCAGAGAUUGCCAGCGUUGCCCAUCAGAAAGAUGGUAGAUUCUGUCCUAUUAUCAUUUGUGGUGACUUCAACUCUGUUCCUGGUUCUCCACUGUACAGUUUUAUAAAGGAAGGAAAGCUGAAUUAUGAAGGACUACCUAUAGGAAAGGUGUCUGGUCAAGAACAGUUUCCUAGGGGACAAAGAAUCUUAACUAUUCCAAUUUGGCCCCCAAGUCUAGGCAUUUCACAGAGCUGUGUGUAUGAGGUACAACAACAGCGACAAGAAGAAAACACAGGUGAAGAGAAAAAAGAAGCGAAACUGGAGCACACAGAAGAGAUCAUAAUAGCAGCUGAAAAGUUUCCUUCGAAAUUACAACACCACUUUAGAUUAUCUUCGGUCUAUUCUCAUUACUUACCUGAAAGUGGAGUUCCAGAAGUAACAACUUGUCACUCCAGAAGUGCUGUCACUGUGGAUUACAUUUUCUAUUCUGCAGCAAAGGACGAUAGUGCUGCUCAGCCAGGAGCCGAAGAUACUUUUGAUGGAAGUCUGAAGCUUCUUGGUAGAUUAUCACUUUUAACAGAGCAAGAUCUGUGGACAGUUAAUGGUCUUCCCAAUGAACAUAACUCUUCUGAUCACCUGUCCUUACUAGCUCAGUUCAGGCUUAUUGAAGAAUAAUUCCCAAAUUAUUUUUAUAUCUGCACUUUCCUUCAGCGUCUCUUCUUCCUGUAAUUUUUUUUUAAUUCAAGGACUUCCAGACUGGUUAAAGUAAUGCCUGCAUGCUGAAUUUUUAGUGUUGUGUAAAGUAGAUUUUUUAAAUAAUUUCUUUAUAAAGUUGCUCAAAUUACUUUGUGGAGUCAUUAAGACAAAAAGAAAUGAGUUUACAUUAGCUUCCUCUUUUUGAUAAUGGAAAAUGACUGUGCUAUAAUCUGAAAAAGGCAUUAUUUUUUAAAAAUGUUUUUAUUGUAAAUCAUAGUAAAAUGGGUGAUGGUUCUUAA